UGGUGGAAGCUCGUCUCUUUUUCCACUGAACUGGAGAGGAAACCAAACGGCUCCUCAACAACUCCUGCAGCUGUUUGGUGGAGUGAGAGAAUACAAAAAUCUAUGAUCUCUGGAGGGAAGUUCAUGGAUUCACUUCACUAAUCUGCUCUGGGACAUUAUUUCCCCUUUUUAAGUAAAAACAAAACAGUGAACUGAAGAGGAAGAAUUCACUUGUUGAUGCUUUGAAAUAAGUUAUUUUCUUCCUCUGAUGAAAUAUUUUUGGGUUUUCUUUCUGCUUCAUGGUUUAGUUUUUUACUUUUUUAAGGUAAUUAUCUGAACACUUUUUAUUUCCAGCUGUGGACCUAAUCUGAGGAUUUACUGAAGGAGUCAAAAUGCAGCUUUAAAUUUGAUGUGUGGACUGGAGAAUUUUUAAUUUUUUCCUUUCUCUGGAGCUACUUUCACAUGUUUUUUUGUGUUUUUUCUCUUUUGUGAAGCUGUGAAUCAUUGCUGACUGAUCUCUGCUCUCUGUCAUCCAGCUGUUUUACAACUUCCACCUGCACCCUGGCACCUGGCAGCCUCAUUCACACUUCCACACUCACAUCUGGGAUUUAUAAAUUACCAUCUUUUAUUGGAUUACAAGAAAAUCUGGAGGACAUGCGUGUGUGUUUGCUGUAGCUUCUUCAAGUGGGACCGACGACCUCACGGCUUCACUUCACGCCUGAAUCCGGAGACUCCAUGAGGGACCACACAGGUGGUGUGUUUCCAGCAGGAUGCCGUAGUGCCAGACAUCAACCAGCAGCAGAUAAUGUGACACAGAUGAUGGUUUUACUGCCAGUGCCAUGCCGAGAAUGAGGCCAGCUCUCGGGACUGUGCUUCUAUGCUUCAUCUGUCUGCCAACGCUGACACCGCAACAGUCCAGUCUAACUCCCUGCAGCCAGGAAGGCAUUAUACAUGUAAACAACUUACUCAACAGCACACUAAACAUGAAUAGGUUGGGCUGCAAACUUUACACUCCCACCGUCAUAGACUAUGAGAAUUGCCCCAGGGACACCCUGAAGUGCUUUGCUGAUGAAGUUAAAGUCAUCAUCCUGGAGUUGAACACUGUUCCAGAGGUUACCAGACGCCUGUACAGUAUAUUAAACAGCCUAUCGAAACGCUUCAACGAGUCGAAGUCAGCGUGUCCUCAGUGCGAGUGCCACAAGGAAGAAAAAGCGGAAAUCUUCCUCAGAAAUCUUCUUAAAACUCUUCAGAGGAUGAACAAUGAGCACUGUUAACUGCUCCUCAGCUCCCUCAAAGGACUUUUAUAAAGACACUUCAACACCUGUUUUCCUCUUGAUGAACUUGAUAUGAUAAGAUAUGAUAAUUAUUGUAUUUGUCAUUCAGGUUAUACACUAUAUAGUGCACAUCCAAACGAAAUUUCAUAGCAAUGACUACAAAUAGUACAGAAUAUUAAAAAGUGCUGAUAAUAAUAAUAAUAAUAAUAAUAAUAAUAAUGCAUUUUAUUUAAAAGGCACCUUACAAGGCACAUACAACACAACAACAGUAUAUCAAACAAUAUAAAUCAGAUAACAUUUAGUGCAAAGAUAAAAAAUAAAUAUGAAUGUGACUAUAAAGUGCAUUAGUACAAUAAAUAAACAAGAACCUGAUUGCAUUGUAUUGAAUUGCAAAAUAAUAAAACGGGAAAUUUAAAAUAAAACAAAAGCUAUGUAGAUAUAUAUAUUAUAUAUAUAUAUAUAUAUUGCACAUUUGCAUGAGUAUAAUUGCACAGCAGUAGACUGUUCACUUGUAUAGUCCAUGGAACCCAUCAUUGGGAGUGUGUGUGUGCAGGUAAUAAUAAUUAGAUAAACUACCAAAAAUUAACUAAAACUAUGGGAGUAGGGAGCCCUGGCCGAACAGA